AGCUCUCGGAAGGGCCCAGGGCCCUGGAGCCGUGGCUCUGCUGGAGGGGUACUACGGAGCUAGUCCCUCCCUGCGUCGCAAGGCGGGGAAGUCCAGACGCUGGAGGCCGGCGUGGGGGGAGGACGGGCACGCCUCUGACAGGGUCAGGGCUAGGAAGCCACCCAGGCUUUGGAGGCCUUUCUGCCACUGGCCCCACAGCUAGGAGCCCCCAGAGUCCAGAAUCCUUUCUGUCGAAUAGAUUGAGAAAGGGUUAUGAAGCGGAGGUGCAGGGGCAUAGUUUCAUUGGGUUAAAGCGACUAGAACUCAGGAGUCCUAAGUACUCCAUGGUUUGAGGAGGGAGUGGGCGACCAUUUCAAAUAUCUAGAACAGAAGAGAAAUUGGAGGGCGUUACGCUGGAGCGCACACCCGGCACAAGGCCAUUUUAGGAGAGCACGAGAGCCGCCUUGGCUCUCGGCGUUUAUUGCCGCCAAUCACUUCGUUCUCAAAAACCGGAGGGGGCGUGGCCGGCCGUCUCAGCCAAUCAGCCUCGAGGUCAUUUGCAUAGGCUCGGAAUCAAAUGUUCACAAACUCUAGAAAUGGAUGCUAUAAAUAAGUUUCUUUUCCCCCUGUUUUUCCUUCUGAAAGUUAUAGUGUCCCCCGUUGGUUAUACAUCAAUAGGAAUUAGAAAACGCCAGUCUGAGCUCACCCUCACCAAUAGUGGCGUUCAUGGAUACCCCAUGUUCUCUCCAGGCAACUUUCUGUAGUGUUACAGCUCUUUUAGAAUUUGUCUAGCAGGUUUUCCGGUUUUUACCGGAAGACCCCCCCCCCUCCACAGUUCGUUUUUAACAAUAGAGGUGUGUCAGCCAUAAUGAUGGUUUCUCUUUGUAUUAGUAUUUUUCGAACGUUGGGUGGUCCGUCUGAGUGGCUUUCCCCCUCCUGAGAUAUUUCGGCAGCUCUGCCGCGUUGCACUACGCUGAGAGGUUUUCUCGGCUUCCGGCUGCGGCUGAUGCUGCUUCCCUUCCACCCCCGUCAGUUUUGAGAGCACCCUAGGAUUAGGCAGCUCGUUUUUCCUGAGCAUUUCUUGGGCUUCGCUGUAAGUGCAGCUUUUGUUACCCUAUGGCGUCCGCCUCGGCCCAACCGGUGGCCCUGAGCGCCGAACAAGCCAAGGUGGUCCUGGCCGAGGUAAUCCAGGCGUUCUCGGCCCCGGAGAACGCCGUGCGCAUGGACGAGGCUCGGGACAACGCGUGCAACGACAUGGGCAAGAUGCUGCAAUUCGUGCUGCCUGUGGCCACGCAGAUUCAGCAGGAGGUUAUCAAGGCCUAUGGCUUCAGCUGCGACGGAGAAGGUGUCCUGAAGUUUGCCCGCUUGGUCAAGUCUUAUGAAGCCCAGGAUCCCGAGAUUGCCAGCUUGUCGGGGAAGCUGAAGGCGCUGUUCCUGCCGCCCAUGACAUUGCCUCCCCACGGGCCUGCUUCUGGCGGCAGUGUGGCUGCCUCCUGAGGGUCGGCCCUCCCGGGCGACACUGCCCAGGAAGAGAAGACCUUAAUGUUCCGGAGGAUAAUAAACGUGCCUGUGUCUUA